UGAUAAGAAGUCCAGAAACUUUGUUUUUAAUCUCACAUUUGCUUCGUGAAAUUUACACUCUAAACCGAACUAAACCCAAUCGAAUAACAAACAACUAAUAUCCAAAAGGACAGAAACACUUCUUGAAGUUUUUAAGACAAGCGAAUGAUAAAUGAACGAUUGUACAGUAGCAACAUUCUCGAAAUAGCAAUUAAUGACCGCCCCUAUCAAAGAAGCAUAGUACAAACGCAAAGCGUGCGGGAAACGAUUUUUACAAAACGAUUGCAUCGAUUUCAGAUCGAUCUUGUGCAUUACCAUAAAACAAGAGAGCGGACAACAAAUGUAUUCGAUCGAUUAGACAAUAAUCAGAACGUGUAGCAAUAUAGUGAAACCCGCUGAUAACGACUGCGGCUGUUAAAUGUCGCUGAGGCAAGAAACAAACGUUGCCAUUGUCGUUGCCUCCAGCAAAACGAUCGAAGAGCUGCCUACCUUAUGAAGACGAUACUGUUGCUCGUAAUGAUUCACCAACUGCUGAGACCUGUUCAAUCAGUGAACGGUGUAAUAUGGGACAAAAGGCUAGAGGACUUUGUGCCGAUUUUCAGUAUUCCAGCCUUCGCAGCUGUGAACGACGAAUUACUGAGGCAAAGUCGAGGAGAGGAACUGCACAACUUUAUGGGGAAGACUGUCACAUUCGCUUAUUUCGAGACUAGAACCGAUUUUGACGGACGAGCAUGGUACAGGAUCGCCAGGACUUGAUGGCAUAUAUGAAACUGGUCUGUUAAAAUAUAUUCAAGACAAUAAAACAGAUGUAAUAUCAAGGAUGGCACUUUAUACCAGAAGGCUUGAUGUCGUUCAGAUAGUAAUGCCUUUAUGGAAGACCAACUAUCGGCUAUAUAUUAGACGAGAAGUAAUACACUUACGCAUGUGGAUGGUGAAAUUAUUCUCCCAAAGAGUCUGGCACGCGGUUCUGGUGACGUACUUUUUAUUAAGCAUAUGUAGCUAUCUUUCCCACACGAUCGAGACGAAAAUCACGCACAAGAAGUUGAACAUUGACUUGAACGAUCAUUUUUUCUACAACUUUGGCAUGAUCUGCGGACAAAGUAAGUGAAAAUACAUUAGUACAAGUUCUGGUAUACGAAAUUCAAUUUUUAUCUACUUAAGAUUCUUUAUCAUAAAUUAUCCUUCCGUGAUCAUAAAUUCCAACAUUUGUUAUUAAAUUAAUGAAUUAUUAAUAGUUACAAGGUGA